CGGGAAAGAGGAAGUAUGUUUCGGCCACAAGAAACUGUUUAAUAGCAAAUAUGUGGAUUGUUUUUAUUACUAUUUGUCUGUUUCGGAGCACGGCACAACAGGAAUGUCUGUCCUGUGAUAAAGCAAUCUCGGCAAUCAGUCGAGAAACAAGAGGGACAAGCGACAAUUUAGGCGAUAUGUGCAUGGACCCAGGAACACCAGGAGACGCCAAUCAAAUCGCAUCAAGUUAUGAAAUAGGUGCAACACUAAGCUAUGCAUGCACAAGAACAGGAAACUAGAUCACUUUGAACAAAAAAUGGCGGAGAGUGGUCCAACAUGUGUGGUGAAACUCCAUUUUGUUAAAAAUGACAAACGACCAUUUGCAGUAUAUUUGUUUUGAAUGAAUUCAGAAAUAAUUCUUCGUUAAAGCCAUGAUGUUUUGUGCUUGUUUUUGAAGGCGAUAUGUGCAUGGACCCAGGAACACCAGGAGACGCCAAUCAAAUCGCAUCAAGUUAUGAAAUAGGUGCAACACUAAGCUAUGCAUGCACAAGAACAGGAUUUAAACCAACAGGGCCAGAAAACUACACCUGUGAAUAUAAAGGUGGUGCCGCAAUAUGGUCAGACAAUCUGGACACGGUUCUUCCUACGUGUAUAGACAUCCAAAAACCGAUUUACGAUGCAUGCCAGACAGAACGACAGACUGCGUUUUAAAUGCAAUCCGCAGAUUUUAUUGUUCCGACAUUUAGUGACAACUUUGCAAUUAAAAGUGUUUCUAAAACAGGCUUUGCUCGCCCUGGGGAUGUUUUGACAUCGAAUGAAGAAGUAACGUACACGGCGAAUGAUUUUAAUGGAAAUUCAGCGACUUGCUCUAUUUACAUUGUAGUUUCAGAGCGCGCGAACCCAUGGCUGAUUGCCCGUCUAAGAAAAUCAUCAAUGUCGUUGAUAGGACUGAAACUGUGUACCAUGUGAGCGACUGGAAAACACAGUUUUACCAGGAGGUGGACGCUCACACAACAGAGCUUUUAUCUAUCGUGCCAGAAUCUGUGACCUCAUACAUAAGCAAAAUAGGGGCUUCGGAAGAAAUCGUGGUAACUGUAGGGUUUACAUACGGGGCUAAUGUAGGCGAAGAGGCACAAUGUAAAUUCAGAGUCUUCUAUGAAGCUGGUGCUUGUUUCGAAGAAAACUUAUUUAGUGACAGUUUUGCAACCACGGACUGUACUGAUACUGGAGAGGGAGGGUUAGAGUGCACUCGAACAUGCAGUAACGGAUAUGUGUUUGGAAAUGGAGGAACAUCAAGUACAUUCAUCUGCAGUUACCCUAAUACUUGGAACUUUGACCAAGCGGAUCCAACAGAUCGUUAUUGUCUCCCAAUACAAAACUCAGACGAUACCAUCGACGUUUAUGUUAUCUAUUAUUACGGCUAUUUGAGCCAAAAUUGCUAUGAGAGUAUUUUAAAUAAAGUGGAAGGUGAGCUCAGUACCUUUGAAAACAACAUUCAGUCAUCUUGCAAUCUAAACUGGGAUGCACAAGUCCUUACAAUAGGAUUGAUUCCAACAGCCAAGUUUUCAGCGACGUUGAAAUUGACUCGGCUAUCGUCGGCAACAACCAUUGAGAAAAAGAAAUGUUUUGACAUUAUACGAAAUAAUACAGCAUUGUUUAAUUUCGGGAUCAAUUCCUUGAAAUGCGGUGCAAUUAAUGCGAGAAUAGAUGUUGUUUCGGCUUAUACCGGGGAUGUAGAGGUUACCUGCCAAGAGAGCUAUCACUUUAAAUUGACAAGUGCCGACCUAGCUGUCGAAAUUUGCGGCGAUAUGUGCAUGGACCCAGGAACACCAGGAGACGCCAAUCAAAUCGCAUCAAGUUAUGAAAUAGGUGCAACACUAAGCUAUGCAUGCACAAGAACAGGAAACUAGAUCACUUUGAACAAAAAAUGGCGGAGAGUGGUCCAACAUGUGUGGUGAAACUCCAUUUUGUUAAAAAUGACAAACGACCAUUUGCAGUAUAUUUGUUUUGAAUGAAUUCAGAAAUAAUUCUUCGUUAAAGCCAUGAUGUUUUGUGCUUGUUUUUGAAGGCGAUAUGUGCAUGGACCCAGGAACACCAGGAGACGCCAAUCAAAUCGCAUCAAGUUAUGAAAUAGGUGCAACACUAAGCUAUGCAUGCACAAGAACAGGAUUUAAACCAACAGGGCCAGAAAACUACACCUGUGAAUAUAAAGGUGGUGCCGCAAUAUGGUCAGACAAUCUGGACACGGUUCUUCCUACGUGUAUAGACAUCCAAAAACCGAUUUACGAUGCAUGCCAGACAGAACGACAGACUGCGUUUUAAAUGCAAUCCGCAGAUUUUAUUGUUCCGACAUUUAGUGACAACUUUGCAAUUAAAAGUGUUUCUAAAACAGGCUUUGCUCGCCCUGGGGAUGUUUUGACAUCGAAUGAAGAAGUAACGUACACGGCGAAUGAUUUUAAUGGAAAUUCAGCGACUUGCUCUAUUUACAUUGUAGUUUCAGAGCGCGCGAACCCAUGGCUGAUUGCCCGUCUAAGAAAAUCAUCAAUGUCGUUGAUAGGACUGAAACUGUGUACCAUGUGAGCGACUGGAAAACACAGUUUUACCAGGAGGUGGACGCUCACACAACAGAGCUUUUAUCUAUCGUGCCAGAAUCUGUGACCUCAUACAUAAGCAAAAUAGGGGCUUCGGAAGAAAUCGUGGUAACUGUAGGGUUUACAUACGGGGCUAAUGUAGGCGAAGAGGCACAAUGUAAAUUCAGAGUCUUCUAUGAAGCUGGUGCUUGUUUCGAAGAAAACUUAUUUAGUGACAGUUUUGCAACCACGGACUGUACUGAUACUGGAGAGGGAGGGUUAGAGUGCACUCGAACAUGCAGUAACGGAUAUGUGUUUGGAAAUGGAGGAACAUCAAGUACAUUCAUCUGCAGUUACCCUAAUACUUGGAACUUUGACCAAGCGGAUCCAACAGAUCGUUAUUGUCUCCCAAUACAAAACUCAGACGAUACCAUCGACGUUUAUGUUAUCUAUUAUUACGGCUAUUUGAGCCAAAAUUGCUAUGAGAGUAUUUUAAAUAAAGUGGAAGGUGAGCUCAGUACCUUUGAAAACAACAUUCAGUCAUCUUGCAAUCUAAACUGGGAUGCACAAGUCCUUACAAUAGGAUUGAUUCCAACAGCCAAGUUUUCAGCGACGUUGAAAUUGACUCGGCUAUCGUCGGCAACAACCAUUGAGAAAAAGAAAUGUUUUGACAUUAUACGAAAUAAUACAGCAUUGUUUAAUUUCGGGAUCAAUUCCUUGAAAUGCGGUGCAAUUAAUGCGAGAAUAGAUGUUGUUUCGGCUUAUACCGGGGAUGUAGAGGUUACCUGCCAAGAGAGCUAUCACUUUAAAUUGACAAGUGCCGACCUAGCUGUCGAAAUUUGCGUUCCAUGCGGACCAGGUCUGUUCUACAGUUCUACGUUACAAUCUUGUGAAGCCUGCCCUGAUGGCCAGUACAACGAAAACAUCAUGCAGACAACAUGUCUAUCAUGCAACAGUGGUUCAUAUCCGAACGCAGCUAGAACCAAUUGCCAAGUUAACUGCCCGGCUGGAUAUAUAUCAACCGAUGGAUUUUAUCCCUGUACACCAUGCCCGGCUGACUCUUAUUCAUUGAAUACAACAACAUGCACAACAUGUCCGUGGGUAGGGUCGACAGUCGGAGUGUCAGCUGCCUCGUCUGUGGCGCAGUGCUACAACCCUUGCCCGGGAGGAGAGUAUUCUUUAUCUGGCUUCAGGAACACACAAUGCAACCCAUGUCCCCUACACCAUUUCCAACCUUUCUUUGGGAGGACGUUUUUUGAACCAUGUGAUUUCUCUAAAAUGACAUUACAAACGGGAGGCGAACGAUAUUGGGAGUGUGUACUUAUAGAAGAUUGUGAUAGUACUUACUGUAACGCCAGAGGGACAUGUGAAACAGCUUUUGGGCGGAAAAACUGUCAGUGCGAUGUAGGAUAUUACGGCGAUCAAUGUGAAAAGAUAAAUCAUAUCUGCAACGGAAAUCCUUGCGCAAAUGGCGAUACUUGUGUCCAUGGAGACGGGCAACUGGACUAUACGUGCAAUUGUGUGUCAGAUUAUGAUAGAUGUGUAAUGGAAACAAAAGCUGAACGGAUGGGUGGCAAUACAACUGGUGAAAUAGAUUACCAACAAGUUCAAGACAAGGCCGCUUGCGAACUUCUUUGCCUAAAUAACGAUGAUUGCAUAGAGGCGACGUUUUUCACAUCAAUUUCCGGUAGUUCUAUAUGUAGACUUUUCAACACAGAAGCCUAUUUACAGUCCGCAUUCGUUGCAGGAUCAGUUCACAUGGCAAAACGCUGCACAAAUGGAUUCACGGGCAAAAACUGUGAGGUUGACAACGUGGACAACUGCAUCGACUCUAAGUGUCACGAAACCUCGCGAUGUGUUGACAAAAUCAACGAUUAUGAGUGCAUUUGCUCCACAUCUAAAGGGUUCGAUGGCAAAUACUGUGCAACUCCGAAAAUUCCGUGUGAUGCAUCGCCAUGCCAACAUGGAUCAUGCAUAAACGUCGACAAUGUUCGAUAUGAAUGCACUUGCCAGGACGGGUAUGAUGGAAUCAACUGUGACAAUACUAUUAUUUCAGAUGAAGCGAAAAGCAGCUCUGCUAUUAUCAUAGGUGUCUCUGUCGCUGGUGGAAUAGCAUUGCUUACUGUCGUAGCCUUCUUUAUUUAUCGACACAGAAAAAGAUGCAGCAGGUUACAUCAAGAAGAACGUUCUGGCGAAAAUGAUAUUGCUCAUCCAAGAAACGUAUUUGAUAUAACGCUUGACAAUGAAACAGACGUACCGAAUACUGAAGACGGAUAUGAAGCGGUUGAUGUUGAUUCUGUGUCUUCAGAAAGAAAUGUUUUCACACAACUUGACGUGGAUCGUUUGAAUGACAGGGCAAAAGAGUAUCAGCAGCUCACCUUGAAAGAUCACGAUGACUAUCUUGUUCCUAUGCGAACGGAGAAAAUUAGCAACAUAAACAUAUCAAAUUUGUAAAUUGUCGAAAAUUCAUCAACUGUUUACUUGAUAAAGUUUGUAUUAUCGUUUUUCAAUGUAUUCUUUCGUGUUUGCGAUGCAUACUAUUAAAUGCAUCGGUAUUAUAUUGUGUCACUAUCAGAUUAUUUUUCAGUUACGUUUUAUUCAACUAAUUAACUAAAUCUGUAAAUCUGUAACAAUAUAAUUACAUAUUAAUAUGUAAUUAUAUUGGGUAUAAGCGGUUGUUAAAACAUUCACAAACACGUCAUUUAAACUGGUGUUUACGUAAAAGCAGUACUAUGUAUUUAACCUUGUCAAGUUGUGGUUUCGAGGACAUAAAUGGAAUAUCACAUGAAUAACACAAUCGAAUCAGCUCGGCAAACUUGGAAGAUUAAGUUGUAGAUGUGAUCUAUCCCCAGAUUAACCCACUCAGAGAGGUACUGUGGGCUCAGAAUAUUACUGACCAUCAUCUAGAUCUCUGAAAAUUCAAUUCAAAACUUACUAGGCAUAACUAUGGCUACUAACGACAGCCAUCAAACGAAUAACAUGUGCAAGGGCAUGCUCCGACAGUAACAUUGUAUAAUUGUCGAAUGCCUUUCGCUAAGAAUUCAUAAAUUUUUGAAACAAUAUAAAGCACGCAUUGUUAAUUUGGGACUUCACUUUUGAGCUGGAUUAAUUUCACGAAGUGUGUUGACAUAUAUUUCUAUGGAUAAAAAAUAUGUACCUUUUGUAUACGUGUUUAGUUAUAUGAACGAUGUAUAACCAUUGUAUACAUUAAUAUUCUAAAACGUUUUAACUGUAUCUGAUAUGUACUGUUAAUAAGCCUUGUAUAUAUGUAAUUUAUGUUUAAAAUAGUUAUAUCUUUAAGCAUGAAACUUAUAUAUCCUUCUUUGUAAAUAUAAUUAUGUAAAACUCUUA